AUCACAGAAUUUUCAAUUAUUAACUCAGCAUGCCAGGAAGUGGAAUCAUUGUGAAUGGAAGUUUAACGUCAUCGCUUAACGUUUCCAUCGUAACGUGCUAUUAAAAAUGGAUACGAAGGGGCCAAAAAACAGCGCACAAACCGAAAGGGGAACGCGAGCGUGGCCAAACAAAGAGGUGCGCAUACGACAGAAGAAAGCAGAAAAUCGCGAAUUCGUUCGCGAGAUGUAACAAUGGGAAUCGCGCUCUUCCUGUGAGUCUUAUCAGAGAGCCAGUCAUAUCCUCAAGGUCCGCGCGAGCAGACGCAAGGCACCACAAUCCGUUGAGUGCGAUUCGUAUCCCCGAUGCUGCCGCCGUUCAUAGGAAUGAGUGAAUAAUUAAGCUCCCGUAAGUGGGGAGUCGAGUUAAAUGUUUGGUUUGUGCUGCGAGCGAAAAAGAAAUAUGCAGCUUAACGAUUCCCGCCACCUGGCCGCUUCGUCGUGUAUCGUAAAGAAUCGUCGCAUUGCAGGAAAAGUGUCGCUUGAAAGGAACGCAUCCGUUUCGGGAGAAAACUUUGCGAUAGUACGCUGACAACGACCAAGCGCUGCAUACGAAGAAGCUGCAAAUCGGCGAGGAAACCACCGGGAAUUCGGUUACAUUUCUUCGCGAAGUCGAUUCACGGGAACGGUGCGCCAUUCUGCGAAUGGUAACAAACUAACUGCCUUUCCAAGCCAUUAUCCUGUUGCUGACUCAAAUCCAGCUUCCGUGAACGGCUCAGCGCGUAAUCCAGCGUGCGACAAAGAGCACUAGAGAUUUGCUUAUUUUUAAUCUGGAAACUGGACCCUGCACACUGUGGACCACUCCGUAGCACCUUCUGGACAGGUUGUAACUGAUAAAGCUCGUCAAAUGGCGGAUUUCACCGAUGAUUUGGAAAACUGGAUGGGGAGGUUGCCGGCGGAAUUGAAAGAUGUGCCGAUUAUCAACCUGGCCAUUCCUGGCUCACACGAUACUAUGUCGUACGGCAUAAAGAACCAGGCAGCGGUCGCGCCGGAUGCGGAUCCGGCGGUAGAAACGUUGAACAAAUUCAUCCCCUGCGUAGUUCGACGGUGGGCUGUAACGCAACGGUACACCAUCGUCGAACAGCUCAAGUGCGGAGUAAGAUAUUUCGAUUUGCGAAUUUGCAUGAAGCGACCCGAAAACAAGUUUUACUUCGUGCAUGGUCUGUUUUGCGAGGAAAUUAUGGACCCACUAGAGCAGCUGAAGGAUUUUCUCCGUACGCAUCCGAAGGAGUUCGUCGUGCUGGACUGUCAACACUUUUAUCUGUUCAACCCGACCGACCACUGUAUGCUGUCGGCAGAGCUGAACCGUUUCUUUGACAAGAAAAUUUAUUCUCGCAAUGUUAACCAGCUGAAGGACUGUACACUGGCGUCGGCCACGGGUUCGGGCAAGCAGGUGCUGAUCGUUUACCGUAGCGAUGCGUGUGUUAACGAACGCUUCUGGCUCAGCCAGGACUGGCCGACGCCGUGGCCAAACGAGAUCAACGUGAAAAAGUUGCAGCAGUAUUUGGACGAGUCGCUUGCGCAACGUAGUUCCGACACCGGGUUCGUUUCGCAGUGCGUUCUGACGCCCUCCGUUCGCUACAUCGUACCCCGUUUCAUGUCGUCACUGCGUGCCACGUGCGCCAAAACGGUCGACAAACAGCUGAUGGAGUGGAUCAAACUACAAACGCCGGGCUUUUUCGAGGGGGAGGACAAACCGCGGACGAACGUGUUUUUGGCAGACUUUGUCGACAUCGCGGACAAUCAGUUCUGCCGAGUGGUGAUAGGAUUGAACAGGAAAAUUUUAGACAAGGAGAGCAACAGUGCGCACAGCUCACCAUCGAAAAAGAGUCUGUAAAUGGAAGGAAACAAAGGCCAGUCCUGGUCUCUCAACUUGAUAUAUGAACUUUAGUAGAUUAGAAAAAGGAAAAUUCUGUCACAUUUUAAGGAGGACACACUCUAUCUCAAUGCCUCUUUGGCUUUGUACAAUUGCGACAAAAAGAAAUAUGAUCUUCUCGCGGCUAUGGUUUAAAUGGACAUUUGAAAAAUGCUAUUGUCACAAUUAACGCCCAAAAAUUAGUCAACGCACAAUUACUUUCGCUCUGUGAUUUAGUUUUUGCUCCUAAACACCUAAGUAGCACCUAGUGCUGUCAUCGAUUCAUAGUUUGUUUAAGCGCUUGUAAUUUAAAUUUUCUAUCAUUCCAUGUUUUAUUUUUAUUUGGAUAAACGGAUCACUGUUUGAGUGUUUAAACUUUACAUAAAAGGCAACAUUCCUCACACAACCGCUAGAGACAAUCGCCAGCAAACUAUACAA